UGCAAGUUGAGUAACGAACGCUGAUUCUAUUUUAUGAAGACUAAGCUGGAAAGUUUGGUUUUAGUCAGAGACUAAAGCUUGGACAGUCAAUAUGUCAGACUCCGAUACGAAAGAAGAAGUUUCUCUUAUGUGUGGCUGGGGCAGGUGUCAACCAAAAUGGCUACAAAGAUUUGCUACAGUUAACUGGUUUCUGCUAUUUCUAUCUUUAUUUUCAAUUUUACAGGGAAUGUUAGUAAAUGGCUUAGUUAGUGCGUCCAUUCCACAUCUUGAACGGGAGUUUGGUCUAACAAGUACAAGCACAGGUUUUAUCAGCGCAUCAAAUGACGUUAGCGGCUUAUUGUGUGUAUUAAUUGUAAGUUACUAUGGCGACAGAGGUCACAAACCAAAAUGGUUGGGAUGCGGAGCCAUAUUAACAGGUAUAGGUGCAUUUUUUUUUGCUCUUCCUAAGUUUUUAAAGGGACAUUAUACAGCCGGAACAGUUUCUAUCCGAUUCCAAGAUUUCGAGACCUGCCAAUCUAACUUGACAAAUACAGACAUAAAUAUUAACUCCUGUGAAAAAGAAAAUGGUUCAAACAUAUACCUGGUCAUCUUCUGUGUAGCCGAGAUGAUUAUGGGAUUGGGUACCGCACCGUUAUAUACCCUCGGCGCUUCCUUUUUGGACGAAAAUGUUUCCCCGAAAAAUAGUCCGAUUUAUAUAGGAGUUUGGCAUAUAAUGACAUUUAUUGGACCAUCCAGUGGGUUUUUUGUGGGUGGAAUCGUGCUAAAUCAUUUUGUUGAUAUAGGAAAGACACCAAGUAAUUUGGACUCGAACCAUCCUCUCUGGGUUGGCCGAUGGUGGCUACCAUUUAUUUUAUUUUGUUGGGUACUGAUCAUUGUUGGCUUUGUCAUGUUGAUGUUUCCAAAGUCUAUGCCAGGCUCGGCUGAAAUACGACAAAAAGCAAUUUCAAACGGUGAUGUUCGAGAGAAAUCAAAAGAACACCAACCUGGUUUAAAAGGAUUUGUGAAAGCAACGGUAGAGUUAAUAAAAAACAGAACGUUAGUGUUAGUUUGUCUUGCUAUGGCAUCCCGAAUUUUAAUUGCAAGUGGAUUGGGUCCGUUUUUUACUAAAAUUACAGUCAUAAAAUUUGGAGCAGAGCAGUCACAAUCCAAUUUUAUCGUUGGCGCGCUUAUCAUAUGCGGGACUACAGUUGGACUGACAAUUGGGUCAGUGGUGAUGCGUCGUAUAAAAGUGAAUAGUUCGGUCAAAGUAGCAGCCAUGAUAUGUAGUGGAUUAUCGUUAUUGGGUGUCGUAACUGGUUUUAGUUUUAUGAUCCCUGGUUGUGAAAACAUAAAAUUAGUUGGGGUGAAUAUUUAUAACCCUACAAGUACUGGUUUCAACCUUGACAAUUCAUGCAAUCAUAACUGCGGCUGUUUAAAAGAAUAUUACGAACCAAUCUGUUAUGACGACUUGACAUAUUUUUCACCUUGUUUCGCUGGAUGUACAAAUAAAACAAAGAAUACUAUUUACCAGAACUGUUCAUGCAUAUCGCCGUUGAGAAAUUCAUCAACCGAAUCAGCGCUGAUUUCAAAAGGCAAAUGUAACUUGAAAUGCAAGAAUGUAGUUCUCUUUGUGUGCAUCCUCUUCCUGAUAUUAGUAUUUGCUUUUGCAAAUGGGACACCCAACAAUAUGAUGGUAUUAAGAAGUGUUCCAGAUAAUCGAAGAAGUUUUGCCAUGGGUUUACAGUUUCUUUUAUUACGUUCACUUGCGAUGUUACCAGGGCCAGUGUUGGUUGGGAAGAUUAUAGAUUCCACUUGUUUGGUGUGGAAAUAUGAUGAAUGCGGAAAGAAAUCUAACUGUGCGGAGUAUGAUGUGGACAGACUAUCAUUAUAUUUGUCUCUUGCACUCUCCACUGUUUCAGCUGUUUCCUUCGUCCUGUAUACCAUUGCAUGGAAAACGUACAAACAACCUAAAUCAACUAUCUACUCCAACAAUAACAAACUUGAUUUCUCCACCGACAACAGUGGGUAUUGUGACGAUACGAAACUGUAACAUCGCUGCGAACUACUUUUCACUGAGUUGCACCAAAUCUUAAUAAAAAGGACACCAUUGUUUGAUAAAAACUGUAAAAUAAUAAUUCCCGUUUGAUUAAAGAGUCAGCAAGUUCAAAACGUAAACGCUCCAUUGAAAAACAAAACAAUAAAAAAUAAAAAUAUAUAUGAAUAUUUAAUAAAACUGAUUUAUGGUCCACAUUGCACGCACUUUUUUAUGUUGUUCACAGGUUGCUGUAUUUUAUAGCAUACAGCAUCUUAGAAAUAAUGAAAUAUACUUUAUUGAG